GAGAAGAAGAAGUUUCGAGAGCUGGAGGGGCAAAAUGAGUGAAUCAUAUUUUGAGCUUUUACAUUUUAAUUAGUUGGACUUGAUGUUUUCCAGGUUCCAGUUCAACUCAACCAACAGAAACAAACUAUUCUUCAUGUCGCCCAUGUUCCGUCGUCAGUGCGUAAACAGCGGCGAAGACUGACUGCGCAGCAAACUGUUAGCAUAACUUCUCUGCUAGCCGGCAGAGCUAACCGACCGGUUAGCCGACCUGUCAGCCGGAGUGGAGCCGCAGCAUGUCGGUGCACUUCGACGAGAGGAGCGGCGUCGUCCCCUGCAAGACCGACUGGGGCUCCUGGUACCAGACCAUGGAGGAGGUGUUCAUCGAGGUCCAAGUGCCGCAAGGGACCAGGGCCAAGGAGGUCAAGUGCCGCCUGGGAUCCAGAGACAUCGAGCUGCAAGUGAAAGGACAGGAAAUAUUCAAGGGAAAGUUGUUUGACAUAACUGUGUCUGAUGAGGCAACAUGGACACUAGAGGACAGGUCUCUCAUCCGUAUCAUUCUGAUGAAGACCAACAGAGAGGCGGGGAACUGCUGGUCCUCUCUGCUGGAGGGGGAGUACUGUGCAAACGCCUGGGUCCAGGACCAGAUGCAGAGGAAGCUCACACUGGAGAGGUUCCAGCGGGAGAAUCCUGGAUUCGACUUCAGCGGUGCAGAGAUCUCUGGGAAUUUUGCUGGCGGUGGUCCUGACUUUUCCAGUUUACAGAAGUGACCCUCACUGUGAUGUCAAAAACAUUUCACACUUAAACACUACAGGACAUCUAUGACAGUGGAACAGUGGAUCCAUCAGACUGUCUGCUACAUGAAGCCGGAAGUUUUGCUUUCAGAAGUACUUUCACAUCGAGCUGUCAACAAGACAGAAUUGUUUGAAAAAGCAAGUUUUCCUUUGUUUCUUCUGCCUCUUUCGCAACGGAGAACAGAUUUUUUUGGGCCAAAUUUGGCAAGUUGCAAUGUGUAUGGGGUAAAACAGCUGAUUGAUAUGUUGGAUCCGUUUGUAAAAAGCCUUUGAGAAUGAUAAUCUUUCAAUGAAGAGACUAACAGCAAUAGCUUUUCAAUAAAGUUUUAUUGAAAGGUACAAGUA